AUGGGCACGGAAAACGACAUUCCAAUCGCUGGAGCUGCUCCUCCACCAACUUACUCUGCUGCUACAGGUGCUCCAGCACCAGCUCAGCAGCCACAGAUAAUUUAUGUCCAGCAGGGAGCACCACCACCUCCGCAGCAGGUUCUCGUUGUCGACCCUUACGGAAAUCCAGCUGGAGUACAGACGCGCCACUGUAAUUCAUGCCAGUCUUCGCAACAAGUAAUUUACCGCCCCGGUUACACUCCAGGAACGAUCCUUUGUUGCAUAUUUUUCCCGAUCUGCGGCUGGAUCAUGUGCUGCCAAAGUAUGGCUGCAGAAGGUCAUUACUGUGUCCGAUGCGGAGCGAAAGUCUUCUAA